CCGCAGCUCGCGUCCUCUGGCCCCCUCGAGCUCUGGCGUGGGAUCUCGCUGCUUCAGCGCGGCUAGGUGGGGGUCCCAGGGCCUCCGCGGUCCGUGUGAACCGAGGAGGAGCUGAAUCGGCUCCCGAACCGCAUGGAUCUCCGCACUCUUCCCGCACGGUUGUGCCUACUGCUGCUGUGCUGCGCGCUCGGGAGAGCUGCUUCCAGUGUAGCCGUGCAUGCGCUCACCAGUGUGACUGGCAUCUUGGACAAGUCUACCACCUUGGUCUGUAGUCUAACGCCUACGGAGAAUGAGAUAACAGUCACCCAAGUAACCUGGAUGAAAAAGAAUCAGGAUGGCUCCCGCUCUACCGUGGCUGUCUUCCACCCCAAGAAGGGGCCCAGCAUCACGGACCCAGAGAGGGUGAAGUUCUUGGCUCCCACGCUGGACAGAGAUUCGCGGAACGCAUCUCUGGCCAUGUCCCACUUACGUGCUGAAGAUGAAGGCGUCUACGAAUGUCAGUUUGCCACGUUCCCCUCGGGCAGCAAGAGUGCCAACAUCUGGCUGCAGGUGCUUGCCCGACCUACAACCACUGCAGAGGCCCUGAAGCCCACUCCCACCCGGAAGCUGCAGGAAGUAGCUAAAUGCAUCUCCACUGGUGGCCGCCCUGCGCCGCGAAUCCACUGGCUCUCAAACCUGAAUGGAAGCUUCCAUGAAACUCCAGAGCCGGGGCCCCAGCCGGGCACCUUCACAGUCACCAGCGUCUUCUCCUUGGUGCCCUCGAGCCAGGCGGAUGGCAAGAACAUCACCUGCCGGGUGGAGCAUGAAAGCUUCUCUAGGCCGGACCUGCGGACUGUGACUCUUUCCAUGCCCUAUCCACCGGAGGUGUCCAUCUCUGGCUAUGACAACAACUGGUAUGUCGGUCGCACUGAUGUGGCCCUGACCUGUGAUGCUCACAGCAAACCAGAGGCCACCAUCUACGAAUGGAGCACGGCCACAGGUCCUCUGCCCAAUACCACCGAGGCCCAGGGCAAUCGGCUCCUAAUCACCACCGUGGACAUGAACACUCUCCAUAACGUGACCUUCAUUUGCAAUGUCACCAACCCCCUAGGGUCUGGGCAGAGCCAAAUAACCGUCCUAGUUACAGGGGAUCCUGUGCAGCCAGAUUCAGGCUUAGGCACAGGCGCCAUCAUCGGCAUCUGCGUCAGCAUCGGCAUCAUCGGCAUCAUCGGCAUAGCUGUCUUCUUCAUAUACCUGAGGCACAAGUCUGGGUGGGAUGACACGUGCCGUGCAGAUGACAUGGUCAGCGCGGCGCUUACUCUCUGGGAGCUGCACACUGGGAAUACAUUAGCUGCCGUGAUUAUCGUCAUCAUCAUCAUCAAUGCUCCCGAAGGGGGGGUUGUCCACGUCGUUCUCAGCCACGUCCCCAGUGUCCACAGCUCCCUUCUCACAAAGGAGAUAGUUUUCACUUAA